GCAAGAUCUAGUAUAAAUUACAUUAGACAAUUUAAAAUUAAAUAUAAAGUCCAAGUACGACAACUCAGAAAAUCACAUCCUGAUACUCAUUACUGUUGUGCUAUAUUUAAAUAUCUUUGUCAUUUUGCUGUAAAAUUUAGAGACUAUGUAGCAUUAAUAUUUGGUGAUGAUAAGCAUAAAGUACUGAUUGGAGAGGAUGUUGCAACAUCAACUGGAGUUAGAAAUAACCAUGUAGCUAUAUCUACUUUAGCAACACUAAAUGCAAAAGAAUUAUCUAUAUCAAUUGAAGACAUUCAAAAAAAUUUGGAUAAAAGAACACAACGAUUAAAGCUACAUGAUAAUUAUUUUCUUACUGGAUAUACUGCUACAGAUAUAGAAAUUGAGCAAUUUUUUGAGGAACACUAUAAAGAAUUUGAUGAUAUAUUUGGACAAUUAACAAGUGAAAAAUAUCGAUUAACAGAACAGAAAGUUGUAAAUAAAGAAUCUCAGGCUGGUGUAUAUGUAAAUACAAAAAUUUGGCUCCUAGUAUGCUGUGAUUUUUGUGGAAAAUAUCGUUGUAUUUACAGUGACACAUGUUUAAGUGAGGAUAAUUUAGAAAUGAUUGCACAAUAUCUUGAAAAUAUUUCUUAUAGUUGUGGAUCUCCAAUUUUUCCUGAUGAUCAUCUACUAUUUGAACAACUUCAUAUACGUCAAAAUCUUACUUGUGAUUCACCUAUUGAACGAAACUACUAUUCUUGCUGUAUUAAGGAUGUUGAUUUGUGUUAUUGGUGUGGAGCGGAAGAUGGUAUUAUUGAGCCUUCUGAAGAUUUAAAGUCUCAAUUUAAAACUAUUUAUCCACUUUGUAUUUCGUGUGAGGCUAAUGACCGUAAAUGGUCUACUCAUGCACCAAUUGUAUUUCAAAGCAAGAACAAAAAA